AUGAUCGCUACUUCCAGAACCGCAAACAUGAACAAAGAAUCAAAGCACAAGAAGGCUGUGGCUAAACCAUCUAGAGAGAGACAAACUUCAGUUACAAGGGCCAUGAGGCCGGCUGUAGCACGUGAUCCUCGCAGGCUUUCGACGUCGUCGUCUCCCUCUUCUUCACCAAUAUCAGCACAGAGAAGGCUUUCGAGGGAAGAAAUAAUAAACGAAAUGGAAAAGGAGCAAGACGCUAUUGUAGUAAGACUUCUACGGGAAAUUGAAACUUUGAAAGAAGAAAACUCUAGGUUAAAAAACCAACUGCACCACCCAGUUCCAGCAAGAAAAUCGUCUCCCUUUUUCGAAAGCGAGUCAGCGAUCCUUGACGAUGAUGACUGCAAUUAUGGAUACACACUGGACACUCCGACGCUAAAGCUCACAGAUGGUGCAUCCAGACGUGCCGUGCUUCCUUUAACUCCCAAAGACUCCAUGUCCCAUAUUUCUCAUUCCGCCAGAAGAUCGAGCCGGAAUGCUUCCAUAUCUAACGGGACAAGCAUUUCAGACACGAUUUUUCCCAUCGAGACUAAAAUCCACUCAGCACCAACAGCAAACAGAAACCUUUCCUCCGCAGAUCUUCCACAUCACACUCUUCUUCCACGUUCUCUAAGCGGCAUUUCAUCCAGCGAUUUAACUGAGUCGGGUACUCUUCUUCAUGAUAGAAGAAGGCGUUCUUCCAAUUACAGCCUCGAUGGCUCAAACUCUCUGAAAGCUGAUCUCAUGGCAAAAAGAUUCCAAACCGGUUCAUUGAAAUAA